UCCCGCCCUCGGCUGGCAGCGGCACACUCGCUGCCCCUCACAGCUGCGUGUAGCCUCGCUGCUCUCCGCGGACCGCGCAGCCGGCUGACCGGCUGCCCGGCCCGCCGCCUCAGGUCCCGUUAGUGCGCGGAGCCUGCUCGCGGGGCCGCUGCGAAAGCCUGCCCAGCGCAAGCCUGCCACCACCCCUUGACCCAGCCGAGUCCCAGCACCCGAGGCUGCCGCCCAGAGAGCUGCAGGAGUCUCCGAGGCGAGGGUGGAGGUAGAAGAGGGCCAAGCCUGCGACCAGGGAGGCCCGGUUUUGAAGCCUCAUUUUUGCUUGAGUUAGGUCUCGUCAAACCCUAUUUCUUUCUCUACGUACUUUGUGCGAAUAAGUUUUGGAGCAUCGGUUAACAGCCUGUGGGUGAGAUUUGGCUUUCAUUCAUGCGUGAGGAAUUAUUCUUGACAGAAAUAUUUUAGAAGAAAAAUAUUUACAAUGGCCUCAGCAGUUCUUAGUUCUGUUCCCACUACUGCUUCUCGCUUUGCCCUGUUGCAAGUGGAUAGUGGCAGUGGCUCUGAUUCUGAGCCUGGAAAAGGCAAAGGUCGGAAUACUGGAAAGUCUCAAACAAGCAAAUCAACUACAAAUGAGAAAAAGAGAGAGAAAAGAAGAAAAAAGAAGGAGCAGCAGCAGAGUGAAGCAAAUGAGCUCAGGAAUCUUGCUUUUAAGAAGAUUCCUCAGAAAUCUUCCCAUGUCACUUGUAAUGUUCAACAUGAACUUUCUUUACCAAACCCGGUAAAGAAGGAUUCACGAGAAGAAAAUUGGCAAGAGUGGAGACAAAGAGAUGAACAGCUGACAUCUGAAAUGUUUCAAGCAGAUCUUGAGAAGGCAUUGUUGCUAAGUAAAUUAGAAUAUGAAGAACACAAAAAGGACUAUGAAAAUGCCGAAAAUGCUUCAACUCAGUCAAAGGUUAUGAGUAAAAAAGAUAAAAGAAAGAAUCAUCAGGGAAAAGACAAACCUCCCACAGUAUCACUAAAAGAUUUUCAGUCUGAAGAUCAUACUAGUAAAAAGACAGAGGAAGUAGUUCUGAAAGAUGGCAGGAUUGAAAGACUAAAGUUGGAACUUGAAAGGAAAGAUGCUGAAAUCCAGAAACUGAAAAAUGUGAUCACUGAAUGGGAGGCAAAAUAUAAAGAAGUGAAGGCAAGAAAUGCACAGUUAUUGAAAAUGCUUCAGGAAGGUGAAAUGAAAGAUAAAGCAGAAAUACUUCUGCAAGUUGAUGAAUCACAAAGUAUCAAGAAUGAGCUGACUAUACAGGUGGCUUCACUCCAUGCUGCAUUAGAGCAAGAAAGAUCUAAAGUGAAAGUUUUACAAGCAGAGUUAGCCAAAUACCAGGUAUGCUUUUAUAAUUUUGACAGUGUUUUCAUCAUAAAUAAUACAUUUGAAAUAGAUGCUAUGUGAUUGAAUAACUGCACUAUCUUAGGCCAAAAUUUAUUCACCAGAAAUAUUAAUUUUGUUAAAUUUGUUAUAUAAUACACAUUUUUUAAAUGUAAGGUUAUUCUAGGUGUUGGUAUUAACUAAAGUAUUAGCAGUAACUAAAGUAUUUCAGAAAAAUCCUUGCUACUACAUAGAUGAUAUGGCAUCCAUGCCAUUGACUCAUACUGAGGAAAGGCAUGUAAUGACAUUUGUCCCAUUAUAUAAGUUUAAUCACUUAGGUAUAGAAAUAUCUUUUAGAUGUCUUCUUUGUAAAAGUAUAUUUUCCAUUUUGUAAUUAAUAAAUGAUAUGUGGAGUGAUACUUUGAGAUUGUGCUACUAUCCUUUUCUUUUUACCCAAUGGUUUAGCAUCCAUUGAUGAUAUUUGUAGCAGUUAUUUUGAUGGUUGCAAAAUAGUGACUUUUCUAAUUGUGUCAUUUCUUCUGCAUUCACAAGCUGGCAUUCAGCAUUUUUUUCUGGAUGGCGCAGUAAAAAAUAUCAGUGCUUUUUUUCAGUAUAUGUGUAUGUGUACAUGUGUGCAUAUAUAAAUACACACAUUUAUUUGUAUGUAUGUAUGUGGGUCUAACUCAUGACAUAAAAUGUGUUGAUUAAGGUGGGGUCAUAGUCAGAAAAAGUUUGAAGGCCACUGGUGGCCUAUAGAACAUUAAAGUUGUUUACCCCCAGCUUUGAUAUCAGUCUGGGAGGGAAAAUUUGCCUGGGAGGCUCUGAAAAUGAUUUUUGAAAUUUUUUGUGUGUUUUUUUAAUCUUGUUCAGGAGCAAGGUAAGAUUUUUAAGCUGUAAAACAUUGGUAAAUUAAUUUCUGUUUUCUUGCUAACAGAAAGUAAAUCUUGUUUUUAAUACAUAUCACACACAUCUCAGGUCCCAUAUAACCUUUUAAUACUUAUUUUCUCUGAAUGAAUUCUUGCAGAGCUUUCAUUUGUCCAUAAAUAACAGUGUCUCAGACUUGAUUUUUUUAAAACAAAGGUUGAUAGAGAAAUGUUUUGAUCACUAAGAGAAAAGUUAUAUGCUGAAAAAAACAAAAAAUAUUUAAAAAAAAAACACAGAGAAGCCGCCACCAUUAUUAAUUUGGCCUGGGUUUCAAGUGCCCCUGAUAUAACCACCAUUUUCAGAAAGGCACUUUCCCAGACUUGGCUGAUCAUCAGAAUCACUUGGGAGCUUUUUGAAUUAGAUAGUUUUGACCAUCCCUGGUAAUUGUGAAUAAAUAGGUCUGAGACAAAUUCUAGACAUCAGAAUUUUUAAAAUAUUACUACACAGGUGAUUCUAAUGAUCAAUUAAAUUUGGGCACCAAAUGAUCAACUAAAUAUCUGAUAAAAUGUCUAGACAAAACUUGCAUUAUAAAUUGAAUUACCCAAAAGGGUAAUGAACUGAAUUACUAAAUUUGCUGACCAUAUGGAAUAAAUUGUUUUAGAAUUGAUCAAAAUUUUUAUUUUAAAAACAAUCUGGGACAGUCUAAAAGAACUUUAAAAAAUAAGAUAUUUGUGAUUUUACUAAAUCUAGGCUAGUUCCAAUAGAUGUAAUUGAUUUUUACAACUACUUUAACUAUUUUUAAAAAUAACCCUGUAGAAAUAAUUUAGUAGAAUGCACAUUCAAAUUUGCAACAAACUCAAAAAGGAAAUUGCUUCCUUCUCAUACUCAAAAAUGCCUUCAGUUUCAUAUAUUCUUAAUUUGCAAAUGCCCCAGAAUGGUAUUUCCUCAAUAAUUUGCCCUA